AAAUAAACUGUGUCAAGGUUGUUUGCACUAUUUGUCUGUGGUGCGAUUCAAAAUGGCGGCAGUUUUGCUCGCUGUGGCAGCUUUGGUGUGGCAGGCUUCGGCACAAAUCUACAAUGGACCUUUUUUGACUCAACCCCUACUUCAGCCUCUUACACCAUCUUCUGUAUCUCAAAUUGGACCCAUCGUAUCGUUCUUCUCUCUAACCGACGGUAUUUUACCUACUAUAACAGAAAUUCCUUCUAUUGUACCUGAUUUUAAUCUACCUUUAUCUGUACUUCCUGCUAGAAGUUGCCUUUUACCUACAACAUCUCAAAUUCCAUUAGAUAUACCUGACUUACCUCAACCUGUGACUUCAAGCAUCAUAACGAACCCUACGCCUGUGAUUUCUACAACAGUUGUUGAUAAUUCAGUAGCCAAUUCUUUAGCAAAUGUUCUUCAAUUGUUAAUAGUAAGUGAAUUAUUAGAAUCAUCUUACGCUGCACCGCCUGCAUCACCAUUUUUGUCCAAUUUUGUACCCUUAUAUGAUGCUAUUGGGACUAUAGGGACUGUAGUUUCUCCUUUAGACGCCAUUGCACCUACUAUAGAUGUAACUACAGUAAGUUACAGUCCAGUAGUAGACAUUCCAACUGUGGUUACUGAAGUUAUCACAUCUACUCCUAUAACACCAGUAGUAAAUAGUGUUAUAGAUGUACCUAUACCUACAUAUGCUCCAGUAACCGAAAUAGUAACACCAGUUACUACAUACACUCAAAACGUAUACGCUCCUGUCCCAGAAGUCGUAGCUCCAAUUCCUGAAGCAAUAGCUCCAGUAAUAUCAACGGUUACGGAAGUAUCUUCAUCUAUAACUGCCCCUGUUGCAGAUCUUUAUACAUCAAUCACAGAUACUAUAUCCGUAACUCCAGUUCCGUAUUAUGCUCCAACAUAUGUUACAGAGGUGACAGAAACCGUAGCUCCGUUACAAGUAUCAAUAGCUCCUACUGCACCAAUAUCCUAUAUAUCAGAUUACUACUCAGGUUAUGCUGAUGUCAUAACACCUGUGCCUAUAACAGUGCCUUUUGCAGCAGAAUUGAUUUUGCCUCAGUCAAUUCCUGCUCAAAUUGUGUGCAACUUCGGCUAUUCUCCAGUUAAUGUCCCUGUUUUUAACAUGAAUGUAGAACCACUGCCUGGUGGCUACGUUUUUUGAAAUGUUUCAGCUUUUAUUUGUAUUGUUUUCAGUCGUUUUGUUGCAUAAUAUCAUCACCCCACUUAAUCGUAUUAAACUUAUAAGGAUUGCAGAACACAUUUAUUAUUGGAGGAUUCAUUAUCAUUAUUUUCUUUUUGAUUUUAACAUUCGAGCACUUCUUGAGUUUGCCUUUUCUGCCAACACUCUGCAGUAAUAAUAUUGCUGGCUGGUUUAUGUAAGACUAACUUCGCCCCGGGGCUUCGUUCCCGUGCGAAUUUCGGGAUAAAAGGUACCCUAUGUGUUAUACCAGGUUAUAUUCUAGUUUCAUAACAAUCCGUCCAGUAGAUUUUGCGUGAAAGAGUAAUACAAACACACACACAUUCUCACAAACUUUCUUAUAAUAUUAGUAGGAUGUGGGCCAUACCAUCGUAGAUAGCUUUCCCGGGGUUUGUCAGUUAUCACGUAGGCUUUAUAAUUACAAUUUAGACUGGUGAAGUUUUAGUAUAAAAUUCUAAUUUGAUAUUGUUAUCUAUUGUAUUGCUAAAUACUCGUAGUAGUAAGAGUGAUAUUAACUAUACUUUAUCAACUUGCUUAUGUAUGAAAUGUCACGUAGCAAUAUAUCGCUUGCUUAAUAUUACAAUGUUAUUUUGUUUCUAUCUGCAUUCGUAAUUUUAACUAGAAAAUAAUUACUAUUUGUAAAUAAAUUAUAUCAACAAACAAAAAUGUGUUUAUUUUC